AUGCUUAGUCAAGAACAAACAUUGUCUUGCAUUCCGCCGCCUGUAAUGUAUCCGGAGGAUACUAGCGGAUCACGAACAACUCGAUAUGUGGGCGGUCUAAUCCCAACCAGCAAUAUUUCGAUUCGUACAGAGGAUGACAGUUAUGUUGCAAUAACUGUCAGAAUAUUCUUGGUGUUAAACAAUCUUUUGGGAGGACUUAAAAUUUUGACCGCUUUGCCACUCGCGUCAACACACCCAACCAUAUUGAAGGCAUACAUGUUUCUGGCUCAUCUUGCAAAAGAUGAGCCAGAAUCACCACACCCAUAUAUCCUUACUGGUAGCAGGAUUUCAUUGUAG